AUGGAAAUCGUGAAUCCAAUGUAUUGGAAUGCCAGCCUUGUCGCGCAGGUAUUGUCUGUCAUUGCAGUGGCCUUGAACCUUCUGGUUGUGCUUGUGUUUGCUACCACCAAGCAAUUUCGUGUUAAGUAUCACGGGUUCGUCUUCAACCUUGUCCUCGCUGACAUCGCCGUCUCCGUCACCCUCUUCAUCUAUAUGCGUCCACAUCCAUUUGAUAAAGCAGUGCAAGCCGUGGGAAGGGCUUUCUUCUUAACCGCGCAGCUCAACAUCUUAGCCGUAGCCGUAAAUCGUCUGCUUGCCUUGUCUCUCAUGCCACCCGCCCGCUAUGAUGCUGUAGUAACACCUGCUCGCAUGGUGCUUGCAUGUCUAUUGAUUUGGAUCGUAUCUGCUGCGUUGUUCGUACCUACAACGUUUCUCCAAGACAAAAAACUGAACUGGUUGAUCCAAGCCCUUCUUCCUCUCAUCACUCUGGUAAUGACUGGUAUUUUUUACGUGAUGGUUUUCCGUAAGAUCGCCCAUUACCGGGCGCCACUUGCAUACACCCAGGGAAUCAGUGACAUAGAAGAACAGACCAGUACCCGAUUGCGACAAACACGCCACCUGAUGGUGACCUUCACCGUCAUAUUUGUAGCUUCUGCACUCUGUUGGUUGCCAUUUUGUGUUGUCUUUAUCAUGCUCUUUGCCCACGGGGGACCUACCAUUUCACUCUCGGUUGCCUUGUGGUGGUCUUUCCCUCCAUUAACCAUUAACUCUAUUCUGAAUCCUUUCAUCUACUGGUGGCGUUUCAAAGAGGCACGGGACGGAUUCUAUCAGUUGUUGUUCGGAUGUUGCUGCCGAAGGAGGCAAGAAACGGCUGAGGAAACAGAAGGAGAUCUGUAA